GGGAGAUGAAGGCAACAAACGACUGAUAGGCAGCAAGCGAUGGGAAAUGGGAUGGAAGAGAAAGGAGCUGAAAGCGAAUCCAGUCCGUCUUUUUUCUCGCGCGCUGCAGAGUUCCUCGAAGCUCCGUGUUUUGGCCCCGAUCCGUGCUCCAAGUUAAGCUGUAGUUUCCAUGGCUGACCAUGGUUUGGUGCUGUUGGCUCUCUCUGUCUGCUCAGCCCAGGCUGUGCCGAGCUCCCUGCGGGAUCAGAGCGCUCCCCCGCCGGGACCCUACUCUCACAUCCUCCUGCUGGGACCCGGCUACAUUUCCAGCCAAGCCUGGCUUUAUUAUGUGUGUCUGCACUGCAGCCCCGCCAGCAGUCGGAUUGGGAGGCGGAGGGAAGACCAGAGUCAGGACAAAGAAAAAGGGAGAGAGGGGCUAGCGACCGCAAACAUUUCUGUUUUGAAGGAAAUUAAGAAAAGGGGAUAACAUAAAAAUAAAGUCCCCAAGGGUGAAAAUGCUGGGUGAAAAAGCGAUGCCAGUGCCACCUUCGCUGAAAUAACGGACGGGGAAGGCGGCUCGGUGCAAGUAAGAUCAGGGGGAAAAAUAAUAUAUACGUAGCCUAUAGUUUCGAUAACUGCACAGAGAACAUCGGAACGUCGGCAACAGCAACGCACAGAAAGAAAAAAGAAGAGGAAAAAACGAGUUCGUUUAAACCGAAUUAUAUAAUUGCUUAAUUAAGGUAAUCAGAUUGAGACGCGCCGGCACCCUUUCCCACGGACGAUCAGGUGUUAUCGUAUUGCUGUAAUUUUGGCACCCGCCGCUACUUGCAACUCGGAUUGUCUAUCUGUGAAGCGCUCCACAGCUAGCGACUGUUUGUUAGAGGAACAAAAGAACCGUCUCGUUACGGUCUCAGAAAUCGACAAGUUAUCCCUCUGAAUUCUACAGGUUGAGCUGUAACACCAGAAAAAAGUUGUACUGGGAGAAAUCCGGGGAUAAUUCCGCCCGAUAUCUUUUCCUCGGCUACUCUAUUCAAGUGCCACUGGACAAUACUUACAUAGACUGAAGUUGCCGCAUUGCAACAGGCAAAGAAGUAAAAAAAAAAAAAAAAAAAAACAAGUGUUCGUCUAGGCUACAUGAUCGCAAAUUUGUGAAAAGGGGACAUCAAUUCCUAAAGGGAGAAAAAGACUACAUUAACUCGGCGAUGUCUAGACGAAAGCAGGCCAAACCGCGGUCCGUUAAAGCUGUGGACGAAGGCGAAGUGUCAGAGUUCACAGGGAGCUGGGAGCCCCCGUCCGUACAGACAGAUGUCACUGGGACCGAUAGAGAGGCGGAGCUGAAGGAGCGGAGGGCGGGGCUAGAAGACGGUGACCAAAGUGUGACCAGUCACGAUGACAGAGUGUGCGACGAUGAUCUGGAUGAUGAGUCCAUCUUCACCUGCGACAACUGCCAGCAGGACUUCGACUGCCUGGCUGAGCUGACCGAACACCGCACCCACCACUGUCCUGCGGCUGGUCUCCUCUCCUGA